AUGAGUCCUGACCGAGAGGAGUAUGACAUGGUCUGUCAGAAAGCCGUGACCCUCAUCGUUGACCUCUGUCUGCACAACAGUCCACUGCUGGAUGAGGACACCUGUCAGGAUUUCCUGUUCCUGUUGUCCAGCCAGAGCUCUGACCAGAAGGAUCCAGACGUUUCUUUUGGCCUCCUGCUCAGUGUAUUUGUGGUUUGUGGCCUGGCCCUGCUGGGUCUCCUCAGCUUCGCUUCGUGGAAGCUGUGCUGGGUGCCUUGGCGGAACAAGGCCCUAUUCUCAGGUUCGGCAGCUCUAACCCUGGCCUGCGGUUCAGAUCACUGUCCGCUCCAGUCCCCCACCUUCCUGCCCAGACCCCAGCAGCCAGUGGACGUCAUGGCAACGGAGAAGGUGAAAGACCCCAUGGACUCGAUGGGGUUUCUGGAAGCGGCGGUGAAGAUAAGUCAUACAUCGCCUGACAUCCCCACCGAUGUUCAGCUCUCCAUGAGAGAGCACUUCCUGCGCCGCACGCAACGCAUGCAGAGACAGACCACUGAGCCUGCCUCCUCCACUAGGCACAGUUCAUUUAAAAGACACCUGCCCAGACAGAUGCAGGUAGGCAGCCUGGAUCUGGGGAAUGACUACGUCGUGGACAAAGACGAAAAGCCCACCAGCAUCGGGCGCAUCCAGCCGGAGCUGUACAAGCAGAAGACCGUGGAGACAGAGGAGUCAUCCAAGAGUGGCAGCGGCAAAAACUGUGGCAGGAUUAACUUCUCUCUUAAGUAUGACUAUGAGAGCGAGGCUUUGCUGGUCAAUAUCCUCAAGGCCUCUGACCUGCCCGCCAAGGACUUGUGCGGCAGUUCAGACCCUUACGUCAAGAUCUACCUGCUGCCUGACCGCAAGAAGUUCCAGACGCGUGUCCACCGAAAGACCCUCAAUCCCAUGUUCAACGAGACCUUCCAGUUUCCCGUGCCUUACGAUGAGCUUGCUGUCAGGAAGCUCCACAUGAGCGUCGUUGACUUUGACAGGUUUUCACGACACGACAUGAUCGGAGAGGUGGUGUUGGACAACUUGUUUGAAACAUCAGACCUAUCCAGGGAGACGAACAUAUGGAGGGACAUCCAAUAUGCCACCACUGAGAGUGUAGACCUCGGGGAGAUCAUGUUCUCGCUAUGUUACCUGCCAACCGCAGGCAGACUCACACUCACUGUCAUCAAGUGCAGGAACCUCAAGGCCAUGGACAUUACCGGUUACUCAGAUCCCUAUGUCAAAGUGUCACUCAUAUGUGAUGGGAGACGCUUGAAAAAGAAGAAGACCACCAUUAAAAAGAACACCCUGAAUCCAACAUACAAUGAAGCCAUCAUCUUUGACAUCCCUCCAGACAGCAUGGACCAUGUCAGCCUGCACAUCUCUGUCAUGGACUAUGAUUUGGUAGGUCACAAUGAGAUCAUUGGGGUGAUGCGGGUUGGAUGCAAUGCCGAAGGACUGGGCAGGGAUCACUGGAAUGAAAUGCUGGCGUACCCCCGCAAACCUAUUGCACAUUGGCACCCUCUACUGGAGUCCAAGAAAUCUGAAAAAGAGUGGAAAGCAAGGACGGCCAGCUUCGACAGCCAAGGUUCCUGCCCCUCUCCCAGGCCCCCUGCUAGUCCCUGAGCAGAAC